ACGCGCCCCUCUGGGCCGCUCUCGCCGCUGGGCAGCACGGAGCCCCCCACCUCCAAGGUCGGGGUUAAAGUCCCCGGGAGGGGAAUGAGCUCUUUUAAUCACUAACCUCCCGAAAAUAACAGCUUCUGUAGCCGUGAAUAUCUGUAAAUCUCAGCCAAAGUAGCGCAUGAGAGGGAACUGUGAAGAUCGUGCGGGGGAACGCGAAUGGAACAAACUUAAGUGCCCAGGAAUGGGAGGGCGCGGGAGGGCAGGCAGGCAGUGGGACCGGCUGUGUGGAAAGACGGAGUACAUAACACAGUGAAGACGUUUAGAGCUUCCGGGAGCGGUUCCGGAGGAAACUGUGUAUACACAAAAAUACCAGCGUGUGCUCGAUGUGCUGUGUGGGCAAGUCAUAGGGCGCUGUGGAUAGCGCAAGGCUCUCCAGUCCCGGAUUGGAAACCUCUACCCUUGGGGACAAGCCCCUCAUCUCUUGGGCUCCACUUCCUUAUUUUAUGCCCCUAGGGGAGUUGCAGGAGAUGGGGCGUCCCUGUGGGUGGCGGCCCAGCGCAGUGCAGGAGUGCAGGUUGGCCUAGGGACAUUGGACCCCACCUGAGAUUCCUGGCUCCGCACUCAGGGAAUCUCAGGACGCGGUGGUGCCUUGUGAAGUGCCAGUGGGAACCCUGCAAGGUUCAAUCCUGCCUUGUCACAAGAGUAAACCCUCUGGGCCUCAGAUCAAAACCUCUGGACUCCACCCAGCUCUUUGACACAUCCCAUCUACCUUAUCCAAAGCCACAGGCCCCUCCUGCUGUGCAGGCCGUCCUAGCCUCAGCCCUCACCUGCUAGGCUAUGGCAGGACUUCUGUUCCCCAGAUCCUCGCUGGCUGGCUCUACAUCUCCAUCCGCUGUCCCAGUUGGGAGAUGCCUUCUUGGACCACUUGUCUAGGAGCAAACAGCAAGGCGACCCCUGCUGUCUCACCCAUGGAGCCCUUUAUUUCUUAGCACAAUCACUAUCGCCAUCACCAGUGCUACUUAAUCUCCAGCUGGAAUUCUGUGCUUUGGCUGCUUUUUCAUUUAAUUAUGUAUUGUCUGUUGCCCCAGAAGAGUCUAAUUUCUGUCCUUACCUAUUUUGUCCACCUUGGUACCUCAGCACCUAGGGCAGUGCCCAACAGAGGGUGGCUUUCCCUUUUGGCCUUUGAAUUAUGCUGUUAUGAAGGUGGGUGGGCACAUGGUUCUCCAAGACCCUGCUUCAAUUCUUUUGAGUUUAUACGCAAGCAGAAUUGCUGGAUCAUGUUUACUUUUUUGAGGCAUCUCUGUACUGUUCUCCAUAGCUGGACUAUGUCACAUCCCCUUCAGUGGUGCCAAGAGUUCCAACCUGCACUUCGCUCCAACCCUUGCUGUUUCCUGUUUUUCUUGAUAGUAGCCAUUCUAAUGGCUGUGGUGUGAUGUAUUAUUUGUUUUGAUUUUUAUUUCCCUGAUGACUAGUGAUGUUGAGCAACUUUUCAGGGCUUAUUGACCAUUUGUAUUCCUUGGAGAAAGGUCUGUUUGAGUCCUUUGCCCUUUUUUGGUUUUGGUUUUGUUGGCUCUCUGCCCUGGCUAAGCAAGCACUCUAGCCCUGAGCUACAUCCCUAACCUCCCUUUGCUUACCUUUGAGUUGAGUUUGUUUUUUUUUUUCUUUUUUUUGUGAUUGAGUUUUACCUGAGUUGCUUUUUCUGACAGUGCAAGUGGGUGUGUGGGAGGGCCCUUGUCUCCCCCAGAGUGACACAGUUAUUUUGCAGAUAGUGGUGGGGUAAAGCAGAUGCAGGCCUCCUCUGUGCCUUUGAGGCCUGCUGGGGAGAACUCACAUUUUCCCAGAGGAGCAAAGCACACACAGAGUUCAUCCCCAGCCCCUAGAACCACGUCGUGUGCUGGCCACCAUCCGUGUGUACUGCCUCUCUUGCCCCACUGGGCCCUGCUGUGGCCUUGUAGUCCUGAAGGCUGGGGCACAAAGUGGCAAAGGGACUCGCAGGUUACACAGCCCUGCCUGGGAUCUGGACCAAGUCCCUCUUAUGGGAAGUCUCCAUCGGCCUAAGCCAUCUCCCUGCAGAAACUUUGGGAUCACUGGCUGGAAACCAGGUCUAACCCAAGUCCCCUUUUUCACAAGUGGAGAAAAAAGGCCGACCUGGUACCACCUAGUAACAAUGCCCCACCACUUCUCCAGUGCCAGCUCUGCCUUCAUGUGCCCAGUAGUAUAGUUUGGUGGCCCUGCCCUUCCUCUCCUCAGGCUCAUCUGUUUUCUAAGGGGGCAUCUUGGAGAGACCGGAAGGCCCAGAAAGCACAAGUCCUUCCCAGCUGUAGCUCAUUUCCCAGGUUCUCCUCUCUAACACUGCCUUUGUGGAAGAUUUCAAGUCCCCUCAGAAAAAAUUUUGGAAAGUUCUGGCUUUGACAUCUUGCAUGAUUUGUUUCCUAAGGCCUUCUUCUCCGGAGUAUGCCUUGUCUCUCUGGAGGCGCCUUUUUGUCUGAUGUGUUUGUCUGUCCUUCAUGAAGCCAUGAUUCAGUACAGUUUGACCUCCCUGCCUUUCCCUCCCCCUGAGGUUAUUUUCUUUUCCAGAUUGUUGCUUCCACCAAGAAGAGCAACUACAUCUGAACACCCAGGGCCACCAUACUGAAUCAGUGAGAGAAUCUGUCCUUCUAUAACAUGGCAGGGAAGAAAGUGCUGAUCGUCUAUGCGCACCAGGAGCCCAUGUCUUUCAACGCGGCCCUGAAGGACGCAGCCGUGCGAGAGUUGAGCGCGCAGGGCUGUGCUGUCGCUGUGUCCGACUUAUACGCCAUGGGAUUCGAGCCGAGGGCCACCAGGAGCGACAUCACGGGUACCCUCUCCAACCCCGACAGCUUCAAUUAUGGGGUGGAGGCCCACGAAGCCUUCAAGAAGGGGGCGCUGGCUGGCGACAUCCUUGCUGAACAGAAAAAGGUGCAGGAAGCUGAUCUAGUGAUAUUUCAGUUCCCGCUGUACUGGUUCAGCGUGCCAGCCAUCAUGAAGGGCUGGAUGGACAGGGUGUUGUGCCAGGGCUUCGCCUUCGACAUCCCCGGAUUCUACGAUUCUGGUUUUCUCAAGAGGAAAUUAGCCCUCCUUUCCUUAACCACAGGAGGUGUAGCCAGCAGUUACACAAAAGCGGGUGACUAUGGAGACUUCCGGUACUUCCUGUGGCCACUGCAGCAUGGCACAUUGCACUUCUGUGGAUUUAAAGUCCUUGCACCUCAGAUCAGUUUUGCUCCUGAGUAUUCAUCAGAAGAAGAAAGAAAAUCGAUGGUGGCCUCAUGGACCCAGCGGUUGAAGAGCCUGUGGACCGAAGAGCCCAUCCAGUGCUCGCCACCGUGGUACUUCGGGCAGUAACACCUGCAUCUCGGAGACCCACGCGCACAGGAGCAGACGCUGUCAUGAAGCAAGGUUCCCACAGAGAACCAGAUCUAGUGCAUGUGCCCACGGGUGAGUCCAGCCGGGUCACAUAGUCCACUACAGUGGCUUGUUUUCAUGGAUUCUGUCAGCUGGUCAGUGUUCACCCAACUUUUCAUUUCUUUAGCAUUUAUCUAAACAUGUCUCACUGUGUUCGGUCUUCAGGGAAGUUUUAAUUUCCAGAUCUCUGGACGUGGAGCUGGAUUUGUUCUUUUUUUGUUUGGAUGGUUUUAUUUCAUGACUCAACUUCAGAGUUCUUUACUUUCAUAGGAAAGUUUAAUCCAUUCACAGCUAAUGUUUUAGUGCUAUGUUUGUACUUGUUUUUUCUUUCUUUCUCUUUAUACUUGCAUUGUGACCAUGAAGUUUUAAUUGAAUGGCUAGUUACCAUGUUUUUA